UAGUGCACAAGGACAAAAGAUGGAGAAGAAAGUAAACAGCGUCGCCUUAAAAGUUGAAAAGCAGGAUGGACGAGACAAUGGCUACGUUUACACAGGCAGUUGAAAUCGGAUCUUCUUUCCACAAAUUGGUAUUUUGACCAAUCACAUCCGAAGCACCAUGGCAACGUGCUAUAUUUUACAGCGAAGGCUGCAGCAGAAGCGAACGCCAGCAAAUAAACACAACAUUGUUUCACCUUCUUUAACAAAAGACUCAUAAACAGACAAUAGGCUACAGCUUGUUUCACAGUUUCUCCACUAACGAUGUACUGUAUCUCGACAACGUUGAGUGCAUGGGGGGUAUGUACCCAGCCUAGUACAGUACCUUCCACAAAAAGUAUUGGUCGAUAAGACCAAUUAGUGAAAACAAGAUCAGGCUGCCGAUGUGGGCUGCCGUUGUGAACACAGCAUAUGUGGAUUGCCCCAUAACAGAGACCUGAAUGGUGGAGAGCAGAGCACUUUAGCCUGUCUCUAGGAACUCUGGUGUAGCUGGAGCGACUCAACCCCAGGAUCAGCACAGACAAACCAUACCAGCCAAACAGUCAGAAACCUGUCUUUCAACCCAUCAAGUGCCUGAGGGAGCAGAGGUCAAAUGGCAAAGUGGCUCAAAGACUAUUUGAGUUUUGGGAGCAGGAGGAUGCCUCCUCAGCCACCCAAACCAGACUACACAGAGAGUGAGAUACUGAAAGCCUAUCGGGCUCAGAAGAAACUAGACUUUGAGGACCCAUACGAGGACUCUGAGAACCGGGCCAGAAACGAGUCUGGGUCCUCAGACUCCUCCUACCCUGCCUUUGGUUCUCCUCUGAAGUCCGCCAGCCUGGAUAUGAAGGUUGUAUCUCCCAAACAUCGUCUCAUCAAGAUGGACUCUCAGGACCUGGGGCGAACUAAGAUCUUACUGAGUGCCAUCUCCCUAGAAGAUCAAGAGCCUGUGGUUCCGUCAGCCCCAGCAGUAAGAGAUGCAGAUUAUUCUGAUCCGUUUGAUGCUCACACAAAUCCCCGGCCAGAGUCUGAUCUGGGACCUGUGCACUGCGAGAACAACGGCUACAUGGAGCCUUACGAGGCCCAACGCGUCAUCACAGAGUUGCAGCAUGGUCCCGGAGUGGGUCGGACACAAGGCGAGGUGCAGCUCUACGACACCCCCUAUGAGAAGGGGCGGGGGCGGCCGCUAGGGGUGGGGCUGGGGUACAGCAACCCCCUGGAGGAAGGCAGGGAGAGCCGGUUGCCGCAGGAUGACGAGCGGCCAGCAGACGAGUACGACCAGCCAUGGGAGUGGAAGAAAGAGAACAUCUCUAAAGCCUUCGCAGUGCAGUUUGAUGGUGCUGAGUGGGAACGGUCCUCGUCCCCCACCGAGCGCCUGCGUCCACCCAGGUCCAGUCCCCUGGCAGGAGGGAGCAUGAAGUUCCGGAUGCCCUGCUCUGACCCUCACAACAUGAUGGGGGAGAGAGUAGACCCCACCCUGCCCCUGGAGAAACAAGUGUGGUACCACGGGGCACUGUCGCGGUCAGAGGCAGAGUCUCUGUUGACCCUGUGUAAGGAGUGUAGCUACCUGGUGAGGAACAGCCAGACCAGCCUCAACGACUACUCUCUCUCACUACGGAGCUGCCAAGGCUUCAUGCACAUAAAGUUCAGCCAGUGUAAGGAUGGAAAGUACGUCCUGGGGCAGAACAGCCUGCCAUUCAACACCAUCCCAGAGGUCAUCCACUUCUACACCACACACAAGCUACCAAUCAGAGGAGCCGAACACCUGUCUCUGCUCUUCCCUGUCCUCGUACAGACCCUCUGAUUUGCUGGGACAAUGGUCCUGGAAUCCUGGGUCACAUUGUGAUUGGACAUUGACUUUAGAUUGUGUAAAUUCCUUUAAUAUUCAAGUCAAUCAGGCCAUCUGUGCUCUCGUUGGACUAGACUAUUUUGUUGAGGAUUCAGCAUCUGCUGGCUUGUCAGUACCUUCACAGACCGUCUCGUUUCUGUUGUGCCAAAUCUCUCUGAUCUGGGAACAGAUUCAUAUGAAACGCAAUACCUGGACUGUACCAACACCACCUCUCUGUAGCCUACCUGGGAUGCUAUCUGGACUGACUGUUGCAGAAUGAGCUUCUCACUGAGCUAGUGCUGCUGCCUGUACUGCUCCACUGGUUGACAGUCUGAGGGAAAACGUGGUUCUACUCACACAAACCUUUGUUGAUUUGAUUCUCUCUGUACUGUUAAGUAAACCUAUUUGUCAAUGCUUUAUGUUGACGAACUAGUGUCAACCCGCGUCACUUACUGUAUGGCUGUUGUAGCAGCAGCUGUUUGAUUGUCCUACUGUUGCCGUGUGGUUGUCAUAUGAUCUGUUUGUCUGGACACUGUCACUGACUGGUUGCAGUGCUCUGUAGUUGACCAGAACAAUUUUCAAUGGCGAGACAAAGGUUUAAACCGCCAUAUAAAUGGCCAUAUCAGUGGUAAUGGGUGUUAUGGUUUAAUGAUUAUUCUUAUUAUCUGGGUCGUCAUAAUCAAUGGCAUUGUUGUCGUCUCUGAUUGUAAUUAUGGAUAAGAUGUUUUCUCAUUUACCUGCUGUGUUCAACAAUAAACCGUUUCUUAAAGA